AUGGAAGCAUUUUGGAUAUGGACCAAAGCUAAGGUUAACUCUAUCGAUAUGUUCUCUAAACCUGUCAGUUUGACUUACCAAGGCAGAGAGAAAUUUACCACCUUCUUAGGAGGCAUUCUCUCUGUUCUUUUGACGAUAGGCUUCGUGUCAUAUGGAAUGCAGUUAUCUAUCCAAAUGCUGACAAGGUCUGCGACUAGUAAGGCUAAGAAUAGUAUUGAGAGAGAUCAGAUCUUGGUCUCUGAUUACUAUAACUUUAGUCAUGAAGAUUUAGCAUUCGCUGUUUUUAUAGCAACUGAUGACUCUUUCGUUCCUUUUGUAGACCCAAGCUACUUCAAUGUCACAGUUGCUCAGCUAAGUUAUUCUUAUGAUUUUAAGUCAGGAGCUCUCAAUGCAGAUCUCAAGGAAGAAUCAAUGGCUAUUUGUAGAGAAAAUUUUCCUUUAUUGGAUCAUAAGUUAGAUGACUUUAGAAACUUCUUUUCACAAAUCAGUUAUUGCUCAACUCAAACAGAUUUCUCAUUUGGAGGAAGUGUAUUCUUUAACACUUUGAAGACAGUCCAAAUCAAAGUCAGAAGAUGAGUCAAUGAAACUUCAGUAAUCUGCAAAUCAAAAGAGGAGAUUGAGGCCAAAGCAAGAGAUCUGACAGUUACUUUCAUUGUCAGUUCUAAAUACUUCGAUUUCGAUGAUUUCGAGACUCCAAUCAAAAGGGUCGUUGACGAUCAGUUUAUUUUCAAGAUGUCUUCAGGACUCAAGAAGUUUUCAGAGUUGUAUGUUAAAAGGAGUACAGUGGCUCUAUCUGAUAGUUUGUUGCCUCUCGGAGAAGACAAGGAAGAUUCGUUUCUAACAAUUGACAAUUAUCAGAAAGACCAAGAGACUCGGGAUAUGUCAGAUCCUAUAUUUAUUGACCUGGAAAUCAGACAAGAUUUGGUUGUUGAUUCAUAUGAAAGAAGAGUUUAUUCGAUUCCUGAUUUUUCUGAAAACUUGGAGAAUUCUUUGAACUUUUUUCAGUAG